CUAUGGAGAAUGCUAGCCUCAUUUCAGGGGUGUCAAUGUGGGCGCAAAAAGUAUUUGAGCUCCUAGAAAGUGGUAUACGGUUCGAAGGGGUUGGUGGGACGGAAGAAAUGAGGCUCAAGAAGGCAAGCGCAGGUCUAGUCUUGAAAGUCGAGGAGGUUGGUCACAAUUGGCGACUAAGGUCGAGUGGGUUGGGCCUUGCUACUACUGUUGAACUGCAAAGGUCCGGUGGAUUUAUCGCUGUCUUAGAUAUACAGGACAUACCAGAGGAAGCCAAGAGGACUUUAGGGAGCCAAGCUCGUUACUUCAAAGCGGAUUUGACAAAGGAUGCCGAAAUUGAGCGAGCUGUCAAUCAAUCUCUAGAAUGGUCAAAGCAAACCGGAGCUGUUCUAGGUGGAGUAGUGAACUGUGGUGGUGUAGCUGUUGCUCAAAAG